CUCUCUCACACACACACACAUCAAAGAAGCCCACCGCUUCGUUUUCCGUCACACUGGCUAUAACAACUGAUGAGAAAAUAUCAUUGCUUCCAAGUCAACUUUCAUCUGUUCGUGUUCGUUCUGGGAAGGAAGAUGAAAGACAAUACUGCCAAGAAAAUAAGUCCAAUAACUUCUUGAUUGUUUGUUUGUUAUAAUUUUUCUCCUACUUUCCCGGGGUCCAAACACUGCCUCUCUAUCUUCGCACCCUCUGCAAUGGCGAUUGUGGCACUGUUUGUGGCAGCCACCAAGCUCGCCGGAAUCCUGAUCACCGUCACCGUCGCCUCCAAUGCCCUCUCAUUCUCUCGGUACCGCCGCAAGAACCUCCGCCCCUUCCGCUCUCCCAUCGACGAGUCCUCCGACACUCUCGCCGUCUUCAACCUCAAUCCCUCUUCCGAUGGCGAAAAAGAGUUCUUCUUUGGUUUAGCAACUGCACCAGCACAUGUUGAGGACAGGCUUCAUGAUGCUUGGCUCCAGUUUGCAGAAGACAACCCCUGUGACAAUUCAGAGCCACACCAUAACCCGCAACCAGCAGAUGCAGUUAUGGGUUCUGCUGCUGGUGAUGGCGGGUCUCAGGUAGCUUCUUUACCCCUGACAGAAGGUAAAAUGAUGGUGAAAAGAAAGAAGCCUGCUAAGAUAGCCAUGGAGGCAAUGAUCAGAGGAUUCCAGAAGCUUAUAGAAGAGGAAGAGCCUUCACCACCUGAAGAAUGUCAUCAUAAGGUAGCUGCCUGGCACAAUGUUGCACACCCGGAGGAGAGGCUAAAGUUCUGGUCUGAUCCUGAUUCCGAACUGAAACUGGCUAUAGGCACUGGUGUUCGUGUCUUUCGAAUGGGAAUAGAUUGGACAAGGAUCAUGCCUGAGGAGCCAGUCAAUGGGAUUAAAGAAACUGUCAAUUAUGCGGCAAUGGAACGGUAUCGAUGGAUUAUCAAUAGGGUUCGGUCAUAUGGUUUGAAGGUGAUGCUGACCCUGUUCCAUCAUUCACUGCCGCCUUGGGCUGGAGAGUAUGGAGGAUGGAAAAUUGAGAAAACUGUUGGUUAUUUCAUGGAUUUUACAAGGAUUGUUGUGGACAGUGUAUCAGAUAUUGUGGACUAUUGGGUAACAUUUAAUGAGCCUCAUGUCUUUUGUAUGCUUACCUACUGUGCUGGAGCUUGGCCUGGUGGCAAUCCUGAUAUGCUCGAGGUUGCUACUUCUGCUCUACCUACUGGCGUUUUCCAUCAAGCUAUGCACUGGAUGGCGAUUGCUCACUCAGAGGCUUAUGACUAUAUCCAUGAAAAAAGCGGACUAUCAAAUUCAAUUGUUGGAGUAGCACACCAUGUCUCUUUUAUGCGGCCAUAUGGUCUCUUUGAUGUUCCUGCUGUCUCACUGGCUAACUCCUUGACUCUCUUCCCAUAUCUGGAUAGUAUUUCUGACAAGAUGGAUUUCAUUGGAAUAAAUUAUUAUGGGCAGGAAGUGGUGUCUGGUGCUGGAUUGAAGCUAGUAGAGACUGAUGAGUACAGUGAAUCAGGACGUGGUGUAUAUCCGGAUGGCUUGUACCGCAUGCUGCUUCAGUUUCAUGAAAGAUACAAACAUCUAAAUGUGCCUUUUAUCAUCACUGAAAAUGGAGUUUCAGAUGAGACAGAUUUGAUCAGAAGACCAUACUUGUUGGAACAUUUACUUGCAAUUUAUGCUGCCAUGAUCAGGGGUGUACCCGUGCUUGGCUACCUGUUUUGGACUAUUUCUGAUAAUUGGGAGUGGGCUGAUGGCUAUGGUCCCAAGUUUGGACUUGUAGCAGUUGAUCGUGCCAAUAAUCUUGCACGGGUACCUCGUCCUUCUUACUAUCUGUUUUCCAAGGUGGCAACCACAGGUAAGGUCACACGUCAGGACCGGGAACAUGCAUGGAAUGAACUCCACAGAGCCACUAAGGACAGAAAAACAAGACCAUUUUAUAGAGCAGUUAAUAAACAUGGUUUAAUGUAUGCAGGAGGCCUUGAUGAACCUAUAUUGCGACCUUACAUUGACCGAGAUUGGCGGUUUGGACACUAUGAAAUGGAAGGUCUGCAGGACCCCUUGAGCCGGUUGUCGCGUUACAUCCUCCAACCUUUCUCUCGCAAGAGCAGAGAACGCCCUCAAACAGAUGACUCCGAAUUGAUUCUUCAACCCCUUGAAUUAAGUGUCUGAUUGAUUCUUCGGCAGUUACUACUUCAUGGUUUUCUAGACCAUUCCUUGAUGAAUCUUGGCUUAAUCCGCUUCUGCCUUGGGGUUGCAAAAAUCUCAACUUUGAUUCGUUUGAAAUCCAUUAUCCCAUGUGUAAAAUACAUGUACUUAUGUCUUUUAUCUGGAAAUGGAAUUGAUGGCUUUAGUAUGAAUGGAUGAUUGCUUGUAUUUGAUCUUUAUCUUUUAA